CGGAAGUGGAGGCGGUUGGUGGGGUUGGCGGGGCUCAGAGACGCAACCCCGGUGGCGGUUUGCGAACUGCGGGUAGAUAUUGUGUAGCGCUUGGUCCUCUGCUGUCUGGUGGGGUCGUGGCUGAGCGAAUUUGGACAGUGCACGGAGGUAGAGAAACUAACCUCUUGCGAGCCGGACUUUCGUGGCUGGGCCCAUGGCGUCCUGCGCGAGCAUCGACAUCGAGGACGCCACGCAGCAUCUGCGGGACAUCCUCAAGCUGGACCGGCCCGCGGGAGGCUCCAAUGCAGAAAGCCAAAGGCCAUCCAGUGCCUACAAUGGAGAUCUCAAUGGGCUCCUGGUUCCAGACCCACUCAGCUCAGGUGAUGGUAACUCAACAAGCAAACCUGGUAUACGGACCAUGCCACUUAUUAACCUGCAGGAAAAGCAAGUCAUUUGCCUCUCUGGAGAUGACAGCUCCACUUGCAUUGGGAUUUUGGCCAAGGAGGUGGAAAUUGUAGCCAGCAGUGAUUCUAGCAUUUCCAGCAAGGCACGGGGGAGCAACAAGGUGAAAAUCCAGCCUGUCGCCAAGUAUGACUGGGAGCAGAAAUACUACUAUGGCAACCUGAUUGCAGUGUCUAACUCCUUCUUGGCGUACGCCAUUAGGGCUGCCAACAACGGCUCUGCAAUGGUCCGUGUGAUCAGUGUCAGCACUUCAGAGCGGACCCUGCUCAAAGGUUUCACAGGCAGUGUGGCUGAUCUGGCCUUCGCACACCUCAACUCUCCACAGCUUGCCUGCCUGGAUGAGGCUGGCAAUCUUUUUGUGUGGCGCUUGGCUCUGGUUAAGGGUAAAAUUCAAGAAGAGAUUUUAGUUCAUAUCCGCCAGCCAGAGGGCACGCCACUGAACCACUUUCGAAGGAUCAUCUGGUGCCCCUUCAUCCCCGAGGAGAGUGAGGACUGUUGUGAGGAGAGUAGCCCAACAGUAGCCCUGCUGCAUGAAGACCGGGCGGAAGUAUGGGACCUGGAUAUGCUUCGCUCCAGCCACAACGCCUGGCCUGUGGAUGUCAGCCAAAUCAAGCAGGGCUUCAUUGUGGUAAAAGGCCAUAGCACGUGUCUCAGUGAAGGAGCCCUCUCUCCUGAUGGAACUGUCCUGGCUACUGCAAGCCAUGAUGGCUUUGUCAAGUUCUGGCAGAUCUACAUUGAAGGUCAGGAUGAGCCAAGGUGUCUGCAUGAAUGGAAGCCUCACGAUGGGCGGCCCCUUUCUUGCCUCUUAUUCUGUGAUAACCAUAAGAAACAGGAUCCUGAGGUCCCAUUCUGGAGAUUCCUCAUUACUGGUGCUGACCAGAAUCGGGAGCUGAAGAUGUGGUGCACAGUGUCCUGGACCUGCCUGCAAACCAUUCGUUUCUCCCCAGAUAUCUUCAGCUCAGUGAGUGUACCUCCCAGCCUCAAAGUUUGCUUGGACCUCUCAGCAGAGUAUCUGAUUCUUAGUGAUGUGCAGCGAAAGGUCCUCUAUGUGAUGGAGCUGCUACAGAACCAAGAUGAGGGCCGUGCUUGCUUUAGUUCCAUCUCUGAGUUCCUGCUCACCCAUCCUGUGCUGAGCUUCGGGAUCCAGGUUGUGAGUCGCUGCCGGCUGCGGCACACUGAGGUGCUGCCUGCUGAGGAGGAGAAUGACAGUCUGGGGGCUGAGAGUUCCCAUGGGGCUGGUGCCGUGGAGUCUGCAGCUGGGGUGCUUAUCAAACUCUUCUGUGUACACACUAAAGCACUACAAGAUGUGCAGAUCCGCUUCCAGCCACAGCUGAAUCCUGAUGUGGUAGCCCCACUCCCUACCCAUACGGCUCAUGAGGACUUCACUUUCCCAACAGCUUUUGGAGAGUCUCGACCUGAACUAGGCUCUGAGGGGCUAGCUUCAGCUGCCCAUGGGUCUCAGCCUGACCUCCGACGCAUCGUGGAACUGCCUGCACCUGCAGACUUCCUCAGUCUGAGCAGUGAGACCAAGCCUAAGUUGAUGACACCCGACGCUUUCAUGACGCCCACCGCUUCCCUGCAGCAGAUCUCUGCGUCCCCUAGCAGCAGCAGCAGCAGCAGUAGCAGCAGUAGCAGUAGUAGCAGCAGCAGCUCCCUAACAGCUGUGUCUGCUGUGAGUAGCUCCUCAGCCAUGGACCCUUCCUUGCCCAGUAGGCCAUCCGAGGAGCUGACCUUGAGUCCCAAGCUGCAGCUGGAUGGCAGUCUGACAAUAAACAGUACCAGCAGCCUGCAGGCAAGCCCUCGAAGCCUCCUUCCUGGCCUGAUCCCAGGCCCAGCUGACAAAUUGACCACCAAGGGACCUGGACAGGUGUCUACUGCUGCCUCUGCACUGUCCUUGGAUUUGCAGGAAGUGGAGCCACUGGGGCUACCCCAGGCCUCUCCCAGUCGCACCCGGUCCCCUGAUGUGAUCUCCUCAGCUUCCACUGCCCUGUCCCAGGACAUCCCUGAAAUUGCCUCUGAGGCCCUGUCCCGUGGCUUUGGCUCCUCUGUCCCUGAAGGCCUCAUUGAGCCAGACAGUAUGGCUUCCGCAGCUUCAGCCCUACACUUACUGUCUCCUCGGCCCAGGCAAGGUCCUGAGCUUGGCUCUCAACUUGGCCUAGAUGGAGGCUCUGGGGAUGGGGAUCGGCAUAGUACCCCCUCCCUACUGGAAGUAGCCUUGACCCAGGAGGUUGCAACCCCUGACAGUCAAGUCUGGCCUACAGCACCUGACAUUACUCGUGAGACUUGUAGUACCUUGGCAGAAAGCCCCAGGAAUGGCCUCCAGGAAAAGCACAAAAGCCUGGCCUUCCACCGGCCACCUUAUCACCUACUGCAGCAACAUGACAGCCAGGACACCAGUGCUGAACAAAGUGACCAUGAUGACGAGGUUGCCAGCCUUGCUUCUGCCUCAGGGGGUUUUGGCAGCAAAAUUCCUACUCCACGGCUGCCCGCCAAGGAUUGGAAGACCAAAGGAUCCCCUCGGACUUCACCCAAGCUCAAGAGGAAAAGCAAGAAGGAUGAUGGGGAUUCAGCUGUGGGAUCCCGGCUCACAGAGCACCAGGUAUGUAAGGGAGUACUUUUCUACCCUUGGGAUCCCAUCCCAAGGAUGGGAGGGACUUUAAGUUAUUCCUUUUUAUGGUGGGUGGAGAUAGGAAGGACAGACAUUAUAAGCUGUCAGUGCUUCUGGCAGGUGGCAGAGCCCCCUGAGGACUGGACAGCAUUAAUUUGGCAACAACAAAGAGAGCUGACAGAGCUAUGGCACAACCAAGAAGAACUGCUACAGCGUCUCUGUGCCCAACUUGAAGGUCUGCAGAACACUGUCACUGACCACGUAGAACGUGCCCUGGAGACCCGGCAUGAGCAAGAGCAGCGGCGGCUGGAGCGGGCUCUGGCUGAGGGGCAGCAACGGGGUGGGCAGCUGCAGGAGCAGCUGACACAGCAACUGUCCCAGGCCUUGUCUUCAGCUGUGGCUGGGCGGCUGGAGCGCAGUAUAAGGGAUGAAAUCAAGAAGACAGUUCCUCCAUGUGUCUCCAGAAGUCUGGAGCCUGUGGCAGGUCAGCUAAGCAACUCCAUGGCUACCAAACUCACAGCAGUAGAAGGCAGCAUGAAAGAGAAUAUCUCUAAGCUACUCAAGUCCAAGAACUUGACAGAUGCCAUUGCCCGAGCAGCUGCAGACACAUUACAGGGACCAAUGCAGGCUGCCUACCGGGAAGCCUUCCAGAGUGUGGUAUUGCCAGCUUUUGAGAAGAGUUGCCAGGCCAUGUUCCAGCAAAUCAAUGACAGCUUUAGACUGGGCACACAGGAAUAUCUGCAGCAGCUAGAGAGUCACAUGAAGAGCCGAAAGGCACGUGAACAGGAAGCUAGGGAGCCUGUGCUGGCCCAACUUCGGGGCCUGGUGAGCACACUGCAGAGUGCCACUGAGCAGAUGGCGGCCACUGUGUCCAGCAGUGUUCGGGCUGAGGUGCAGCACCAGCUGCAUGUGGCUGUGGGCAGCUUGCAGGAGUCAAUUUUAGCACAAGUACAACGCAUUGUUAAGGGUGAAGUAAGUGUGGCCCUUAAGGAACAACAGGCCACCGUCACUUCCAGCAUCAUGCAGGCCAUGCGUUCAGCUGCCGGCACGCCUGUCCCUUCUGCCCACCUUGACUGCCAGGCUCAACAAGCCCAUAUCUUGCAGUUACUGCAGCAGGGCCACCUCAAUCAGGCCUUCCAGCAGGCACUGACAGCCGCUGAUCUCAACCUGGUGCUGUAUGUGUGUGAAACUGUGGACCCAGCCCAGGUUUUUGGGCAGCCGCCCUGUCCACUGUCCCAGCCUGUACUCCUUUCCCUAAUCCAGCAGCUGGCAUCUGACCUUGGAACUAGAAGUGACCUCAAGCUCAGCUAUUUGGAAGAGGCUGUGAUGCACCUGGACCACAGUGAUCCCAUCACUCGAGACCACAUGGGCUCUGUCAUGGCGCAGGUGCGCCAGAAGCUCUUCCAGUUCCUGCAGGCUGAUCCACACAACUCACUUGGCAAAGCUGCCCGUCGCCUCAGCCUAAUGUUACACGGGCUUGCGACCCCUAGCCUCCCUUAGCUGUUUAAACAGAGACGGGGUAACACUGAAGGCCGGUCGGCAGGUCUAGGCCAAGGCAGGACCAUGUCUGCUGUUUACCUGCCCAGACCUCCAUCUCUAGUGUUUGGAGGGAGGUAGGGGGCAGGACACACUGGUCUAUGCAUUGUGGUAACCAGCAGGGUUAGGCUGGGCCCAGGGCAGGUAUUGUGCUUUCUUGGGUCCUGCCAUGCCUGAAGCAUGACCCCAAGAUCGUGAUACCACUUGAGUUGAAUUUUCCAUG